GUAGCAAUUCCGUAUUAGAAUUCGAAAUCGAAAAUGGCAAACCGCACGGUGAAAGAUGCCAAGUCUAUUCGCGGAACAAAUCCGCAAUAUUUAAUUGAAAAGAUUACCAGAUCUCGGAUAUACGAUUCUAAAUACUGGAAAGAAGAAUGCUUCGCUUUGACAGCCGAGUUGUUGGUCGACAAAGCAAUGGAGUUGAGAUUUUUAGGAGGAGUAUGCGGCGGCAACGUAAAACCCACGCCGUUUCUCUGCCUCAUAUUGAAAAUGCUCCAAAUACAACCUGAGAAAGACAUCAUAGUCGAAUUUAUAAAGAAUGAAGAAUAUAAAUACGUUCGAGCUUUAGGUGCACUGUACAUGAGACUGACUGGUUCUUCCCUGGACUGUUACAAGUAUCUCGAACCAUUGUUCAAUGACAACAGAAAGCUCAGAAUACAGAACAAGCAGGGCGUAUUCGAGGUUAUACAUAUGGAUGAAUUUAUUGACAAUCUUCUCAGGGAUGAGAGAAGUUGCGACAUAAUUUUACCGAGGAUUCAAAAGAGGCAUGUUUUAGAAGAAAAUAAUGAACUAGAAGCGAAAAUAUCGGCAUUGGAAGAUGACAUGGAUGAUGGUAUCGAAUCAUCAGAAGAAGAGGAAAUUCUACCAAUUAAAGAAUUACCACGCAAGAGAUUGGAUGAUCACGAGCGGGACAGAGAUCGUCACAGAGAUAGGGAUAAGAGGCAUUCCCGAACAGAGAAAAAAUCUGACAAGGAAAAGCAAAGAUCGAGAAGCAGAGAGAGGGACAGAGAUAGAGACAGAAGAGAACGUAAACGUAGCAAAUCACCAAAAUCUCACUCAUCGUCGCAUAAAGAUAAAGACAGGGACAGGGAUCAUCAUAGAAGAGAUGACAGAGAGAGGGAGCGAGAACGAGAAAGAGAAAGGGAGCGAAAUCGUAGAAGAGAACGUGACAGAAUUAGACAUUAAAGUGAUAAUACAGCAAAUUUUUAUCAAGUUUAUAUAACCAAGGUAAAUAAAAGAUAAAUCAUUUUUUAUACUCUUAUCAACAUCUACAUAUUUUUAGCACUGGUGACAUUUACAAGAAUUCGGUAUUAAAAUUGCACAACAUGCAUCCGGAAUCGAAUCCGUUGUAACGUAUUCAAAUUUAUGUACAUUUUCGCAUUAUUUGCAUUAUAUUACAAUUGCUUUAUUAAAUAAAAAAAUAACGAUGUC